AUGGCCACAACCAACCAAAGUGCGGCCGGCGUGGCUCAUGGAGCGCGAAGAAGGCCGCCUUUUCGGGAUCUGCUCGAGAGGAAUGAGCUUGGAAUAAUUGACUCGCCAUUGCAGUGGGUAGAUACAGACGACCUAGAUGCCAAUUUUCGGGCGCUCCAUGACGCCCACAACCUUGCGGGCACCAUCGACAAGGAGCUUCUUGCUCGUGGUGGUCGACUAGCCCGAGACGAACCGUUGUUCUUGAGCAUAGGUGAUUUGAGCGAGCUCGAGAGGAAAGCUCUCGAUCGAGAGAAGACUUGCACCCUCUGGGGUCAAAGCAAGGAGCUGAAAAUCAUCCUGUUAAUUUGUUGCGUCGGUGCAAUCGUCCAGCAAGUUUCCCAAGCCCUCUUGCGUUGCGUGCAGACCUGCAGACUGACAGUGAUUGCCAGAGGGUGGGCUCAGCAAUCAAUCACGGGCGCUAAUCUGGGUUGGCCCGGCGAAUUCGGACUGAAAGUCGAGUUAAACAGGAAGAAUGUCGUUGAUGUCGUUACAAGGGAUGUCUGGAUUCUGGGCGCAGUUAAUAGUAUCUCAUAUUUUGGGGCCAGCUUCGUUGGAGCAUGGUUGUCGGAUCCUCUGAACGAACAUGUCUUUGGAAGACGCGGCGCGUUGUUCGUGGCCGGACUUUUUUCCUUCGCCGGUCUGGUCGGCUCUGCCUUUACCGACACUUGGCAGUCUUUACUCGUUUGUCGUUUGAUUGUUGGUAUAGGUAUGGGUGCAAAAGCAGCCGUGAUACCGAUAUUCGAAUCAGAGGUGGCGCCGGCCCGCAUCCGGGGCCGCUUGUUAGUCAGCUGGCAGACGUUUACCGCGUUUGGAGUCUUCCUAGGGGCUUCAGCGAACCUCAUUCUGCGCGAUAAUUGGCGGUGGCAAACUGCCAGUGGAUUCGUCCCAGCCCUCGUGUUGUUGACGCUGGUUUUCCUAGGUUCAGAGAGCCCACGAUGGCUUAUCAAACAAAACCGAUACCGCGAGGCGUACGAAGUCCUGCUCCGCCUGCAAGGGAUACCUUUGCUGGCCGCCAGGGAACUCUGCUAUAUCCACGCUCAGAUCCAGACGGCAAUAAAAAGCACUAACUACCUGCGCCGAUUCAUCGCUCUAUUCACAAUUUCCAGAAACAGACGGGCAGCUCUUGCUUCCGUUGUGGUGAUGGCUUCGCAGCAGCUCUCGGGUAUCAACAUCUUCGCUUUUCUUGCCGCUUCGGUUUUCACUGAUGCGGGCUUCUCCGAGAUCAACAGUCUCUACCUGUCUUGGGGGUUUGGACUUGCUAACACACUUUUCUCCCUUCCUGCCUACUGGUUGGUCGACAGCAAGGGCAGACGGUAUCUCCUUCUCUUGUCCCUCUUGGGUUGCAUGCCGACAUUGCUUGCAACGGGGUUCAGCUUCCAAAUUGCGAACGAAUCCACCCGAGUCGGAGUUGUAGCAUUCUUUCUCAUGCUAUAUACACUCUUCUACUCCCCAGGAGCUGGCGUGGUCCCAUUUUUAUACAGUUCGGAAGUCUUCCCGCUCAUCAAUCGCGAAGUGGGCAUGUCAUGGGCCUGCUUCUGGAAUUUCCUGCUGGCCGGCCUGCUGGCAUUGACGGUUCCUCAACUGACUCACGCUCUGGGCCACACCCGCCUGCUCGGAUUGUUUGCAGGAUUGGACGCAUUCGCCUUUCUCAUGGUGUGGUUGUUGGUGCCCGGAACUGUCGAGGUCACGACGUUGGAGGAAAUGAACUACGUCUUUGGUGUCCCGACGAGACGUCAUAUCGAAUAUCAACUCAAAACAGUUCUUCCAUGGAUCAUAAACUGCGUCCUCCACCCUCGGACGGAGCAUAGACUGGCAUCCUUGUACAGAUGGCAUCGCAGGCGGCAGCAGGCGGCGGAAAUGGUUACCACGGCGACCACGCCCACAAUCACCAUUGCCAACGGCCCGAAUGAUCGCGCGACAAUUGGGGCGACAAUGUCACCACCAACUUGA